UGCCUUCCGUCGGAUUGUUAUUCCGGACGGAACGUAACGGCAGCCGUUGACGCACAAAGAUUUGCGGUGUUUCUUCGGUCUCUUGGAAACAGUUUCAGCUGAAUCAUUAGCGUGACUUCGGUCGGCUGACGGACAUCAUUUCUGCUGACUGUGAUGUGACUGCAGUACAGAGGAUGGACGGAGGUGUUUCUGAGUUAGCUGGCCCCUCUCUUCCCCUUUCUGCUCUGCGUCUGCUUGUCCCACCAAUUCGACUGGUCUCCGCAGCAAUUUGGCAAACAGUCGAGCAGAAGAUCGUGUCGGAUUAUGGGCUGCUCGAGGAGUUUGUAUUCAUGGUCACGGAGAUUGUUCCUCAACUCCUCUCCACAAGGCAGAGGGCUGAACUCAUAUUGGGUCUCAGAGCACGGCUGAUCCUGGAGCUGUGUCGCUCUGAGGAAACUGCUGAUCUUCAGAUUAUACAACCCCAUCUCGACAGGAUGCAGAACCUCAGAGCUCUGUGGAACGUGGAGGCUGAUAAUGCAGAACAAGAAGUAUCUGACUCACAUUUUAUGGGCCUUGUGCAAAAUCUGCUGAGAGAUUCUGAAGAGAGAAAAAACUUUUUUCAGGAUGUUUUCCCAGGAGACUUCGGCCCAACAUAUGACAAAGCAAUCCAGACAUUGAUGUGGCUGUUUCUGUCUAGACUUGAAAAGCUUCUUCCCACCCAAACUCUCCAACAGAUUGCCUCUCUGCUCAGCGAUGCCUCUUCUAUUCUGAGUGAAUGCAUGGGCUCUUUUGCUGAACCUGAGGAGCUCAAAACCUUGCUGGACUCUCACAAAGACCUUAACCAGUUAGAUGACAUCGAGUCUUACAUUGUUGAUAGUGGAAUCUUGUCAGCCUUGUGUCUCCCUCCUGUGGAAAGAGUUGUGAUUGUCAAUGAACAAACAGAAACAGAGGCAGAGAGCGGCCUCGUGUAUACAGUCUGCACAGAGAUGGAGGUGGAGUCUGAGAACAAAGAGGUGUACAUUGAGGGAACUGGGAACUCUGAGGAAUGUGUGCAAACCCAGUGGUUGGGUCUCGGCAGUGAGGUGAAAGCAGAAGUCGUCUCAGAGGUGGUUCCAGAUCCCGUUGAAGGUACCGAGGCCAGUGAGAGUGAAAUGGCAGACGACCACCCUGACGGCCAAGCUGAAACUCUGAUCAUCGGGGAGGACGGCCAGGUGACGGUGCUUGAGGGCGCAGAAAAGAAGCCAAACAAACGCGGGAGAAAAAAGAAACGUCCCGCAGAUGAAGACUUUAAAGUGCAAAGCAGAGCGAGGGACCAAGAAGCAGAUUCAGAAUUUGACACCUUGUGGGAAAGACCGGUGCGAAAGAACCGUGGACUCAGGAUGAAGGGGUACCUGUCACAGUGGAGGAAAUCGCCAAAGACACAGGGCACUAACAGUAACAGUAACCCUAAGAAGUUUGCCAGAUCCCAAGCUUCAACCAAAAGCAACGACCUGGACGAGAGAACAUGCAAAGUAUGCGGCAAGGUGGUGAGUCGUGCCAAAUUCUUGGAGCGACACAUGGCUCGACACUCAGAAGAACUGCCCUAUUCUUGCAUUACGUGUAAAAGAUUUUACAAAAGCUUGCGGUACUUGCAGCAACACAAAUGUCAAAGUGUGACAAAAGCGAAAGGUGGCAAGAAAGCUAAGGAACAAGAGACUGCAGCAGAUGAGGGCGAGCAAUCAUCUAGUGGGGUUCCUUAUGAUGCGACCAAUGAAGAGCAGCUGCAAGACAACACUGGUCAGGACCCUGAUUACUCACCUUCUGCAGAAAAGAGGUCUUCCAAAGAAUCUGGACAGAAAAGCCCAGAGGGAAGCAAAAGUGUGAUAGAAGGUCCGUUCUACUGUCCUCACUGCAGCGUCGAGUUCAAGUGCAAACAAACAUUUAGGUUCCACUUAAGAAAUAUUUGCUAUAAUGAGCAACAGGUGGAUCCCGAGAAACCCGAGGACGUAAAGCAUUGUUUCCAGUGUGAUGAAUGUGACAAGGCCUUCAAAUACAAAUCAACGUUGGAUUCCCACAAACAAACACACAACCCGCUCUACUGCGAGGUGUGCAUGAAACUGGUACGGGACUCUGAAGCACUGGCAAUGCACAAAGAGUCACACACGCCAUUUCAGUGUAACCAGUGCGAGGAGAACUUCCCUGUGUUCAAGGCCCUUCACAAGCACUACAUCGACGUCCAUAAUCCCACCGAGCCGUUUACCUGCACCCACUGUCAGACAACUUUCGCCAGUUUGAAGCGUUUCAUCAGACACGAGUGGAAACACACCGGUUACCAACCGUUUCAGUGCCCUCAUUGCACGAAAAGAUUCCGAUCAUACUCUGACCUUGUAGAGCAUCAGAAAAAACACACUAAAGCGUAUCCGUUCCUUUGCUGGGAAUGUGGCAAGAAAUUCAGACAUGGCGUAACUUUGACGAGACACGUCGAACGCGUCCAUCACUCUGGUGAACCCAUAACUGAGAAACCCACGCCGACCUUCACCUGCGCUCAAUGCGGCAAGACCUUCACUUCCAGAAGAUGCCUUCUGAAACACGAUAAUUUCCAUCACAAAGGGUUGCGUUUCCCAUGUGAGCACUGUGGAAAGGGAUUCUUUGGCAAAGAUGCAUUGGUGAGGCACACUUUGAUUCACACAGGAGAAAGGCCUUUCAAGUGUGACGACUGCGAGAAGUCUUUCAGAUCCGCUGCAGAACUUAAGAUACAUAGGAGAUACCAUACUGGGGAAAGACCGUUUAAAUGUAACGUCUGCGAAAAAGGUUUUGUCCAGUCCUGCUUUCUUACUUUACACAUGCGAACCCAUACUGGAGAGAGGCCAUAUGUCUGUAAUGUAUGUAGCAAGGGCUUUUCAAGCUUACAUGGCCUAAAAAGACACAGGCGGCUUGUUCAUUCGUAGUUAAUAUUAACAUGAUACUACCAUAGGGAUGUUCCAUUUAAUUGUCCUCUAUCGAAGGAGGUCCGAGGUCAGCAUCAGAUGUAGACCAGGACUUUAGAGACUGUUGAGGAUUUAACCUCUUGCUCAAGGACACUUCAGAAGUAUGCAUGCUGACUGAGAUGGGGAAUUAAAACCAGGUUUCCAGUUGAAGGACUGUUUCCUUAACAUACAGGCCACAGUGCUUCUUCUGUGGCAUCACAGCUUGGAUUGUUAGGAACUUUUGGAAUUGUAUAGUGCAUUAUAAAAAUGUAAGUUUGUAUUUUUACAGAAAUGUUUGCUGUAGUUCUACAUAAGGUUAGUAUGUAUAAAUGAUAUAAACCAUAAUUCCUUUGGGAAUUAAUUUCUUUUUCUUGAAUAAAUUGAACAUUGGA